UUGUUUGUUUUAUAAUUUCGAUUUUCUUUUUAUAUAGUAUGAAUGUCUAUGUAUGUUUCUGUUCAUUUUACAUUUUAUACAAACAAAAGAAUAUAAAAUAUUUUAUUUUAUUACAUGAAACAUUGGAUGGUUUAGUAACACGUAAGUUACCAUAGUAUCACGCACAGAGUUCGCACUCUGCUACUGAAGAGGUGUGUGCAUGUCAGAGAGACCACGAAAGUUGAUGUACAGAGACUUAUUGUGUUCACACAGGAAAUAAAUGCCCUCCACGACCGGCAAGAAAGCAGUUGUCCUCGCCUUCUUAGGCACCCAAGACACAACGCAGAGUGUAGCCAGGCAGUGUCAGGCCAGACCGGCUACACUGAGACUGCAUAAUACUAGAGCGCCCCCUGUGGAGAUGCACUUCUGCACACCUUUGAGCAGCAGUAUGAUGCAGGCAGGAGUCUGUCUGAGACAGGACACUGAGACAACACUACCAGAGCUCACUGAGCAGCACAGGAUCAGACUGAAAGAAGAGGAACUCAGUGGACUGGAGUCAGAGACAGAGUGUGCUGCACCAGGACUCAACACACUGGAGCCAGAGUGUGUUACUGCACACAGCGGGGUCAGCGAUGGACACCACACACACACAUCAGUGAUAAAAACAGAAGCUGAUCUGGGCUCCACCCACACUGGGGAUCUUAUUAAGACAGAGAGCCUCGACAGUACAGAGCUGGGAUAUGAAACCCAUCUGCAUCCUGACCAAAUCAAAACAGAGGCUGAAGAUGGAGGAUACCAUAAGGCAGAACACAUCAGUGACCUUCUGGAUAUUAAAUGUGUUGAUGUUAAAUCUGAUCAAAUGAAGUGUGAAUGUAGUGAAAGUUUAGUGAGUGAUCUCAUGAACACUGUGAUGGAUGGAGCUGGUGUUGAUCACAAAGGCCUGCCUGAACCCUGGCUGUGUGCAGGAGAGCCAACCCCAAACUGUGAAAAAGAAGAAAUCCACCAAAAUAAUCGAAACCGAAUUGUCCAGAAGAGUAGAAAUUGUAACAAAAAACACAUGCAUUGUCAGAGAGUGAAUGUGAGAAUUGCACCCAAAAUAAGUCAAAACACAAGCCAUUUACAUGUAUUUCAAAACAAGAUGAUACAAGGGAAAAAUCAUACAAAUGAGAAGCCCUACAAAUGUACACAAUGUGGGAAGUGCUUUUUCAGGAUGUCUCAUUUAAGUAUCCACCAGAGAAUUCAUACAGGUGAAAAACCCUACAAAUGUUUUCAGUGUGGGAAGUGUUUUAGUAUAAAAUCUAAUUUACAGUGUCACCUGAGAAUUCAUACAGGUGAAAAACCCUACAAAUGUUUUCAGUGUGGGAAGUGUUUUAGUAUGAAAUCUAAUUUACAGUGUCACCUGAAAAUUCAUACAGGGGAAAUUCAUACAAAUGAGAAGCCCUACAAAUGUACACAAUGUGGGAAAUGCUUUUUCAGCACGUCUCAUUUAAGUGUCCACCAGAGAAUUCAUACAGGUGAAAAACCCUACAAAUGUUUUCAGUGUGGGAAAUGUUUUAAUAUAAAAUCGAAUUUACAGUGUCACCUGAAAAUUCAUACAGGUGAAAAGCCAUACAAGUGUACACAGUGUGAGAAGUGUUUUUGUACAAGAGCUUCUUUAAAUCUACACUUGAGAAUUCAUACAGGUGAAAAGCCAUACAACUGUCCACAGUGUGACAAGUGUUUUAGUUCAAAUUCUGCUUUAAACAAACACCUGAGAAUCCAUACAGGUGAAAAGCCAUACAAGUGUACACUGUGUGAGAAGUGUUUUUGUACAAGAGCUUCUUUGAAUCUACACUUGAGAAUUCAUACAGGUGAAAAGCCAUACAACUGUCCACAAUGUGACAAGUGUUUUAGUUCAAAUUCUGCUCUGAAUAAACACCUGAGAAUUCAUACAGGUGAAAAGCCGUACAAGUGUACACAGUGUGAGAAGUGUUUUGGUACAAGAGCUUCUUUGAAUCUACACUUGAGAAUUCAUACAGGUGAAAAGCCAUACAAGUGUACACAGUGUGACAAGUUUUUUCCUUCAAAUUCUGCUUUACAGAAACACCUUAGAAUUCAUACGGGUGAAAAGCCACACAAGUGUACACAGUGUGACAAGGGUUUUAUUACAAAUUCUGAUUUAAAUAUACACCUGAGAAUUCAUACAGGUGAAAAGCCGUACAAGUGUACACAGUGUGACAAGUGUCUUCGUUCAAAUUCUGCUUUACAUUAUCACAUGAGACUUCAUACAGGUGAAAAUUUAAAUAAGCAUAAGAAAAGUCGUCCAGGCAAACUGUUCCACAUAUGUUCCCAGUGUAGUAAGCGCUUUUUGACCGUAAGAAAUUUAAAUCGUCACCAGAGAAUUCACUCGGGUGAAAAGUCCUAGAAGUGCACCCUGUGCAGGAUGUUUUUUUUUCAUAUUUUUUCCAUCUAAUGUGGCAAUUAUUUUAGUUUAUAUUUAAACAAAAAACUGGGAUGUUAUUUUCCUUUUCUAGCAAGUGUC